GCAUCUCUUCCCCAACGCGGGCACGGUGACGGUAUCGCUGCCUCCGGAUCGGGCACUUGACAGGAGAGAUUCGAGGUCGCUGCCUCACGCUCGGAGUCCAUGUAAUUCCCCCCCCUCCUCAGUCACAAACUUCAUCAGCACUACCUGGAUAAAUCUCCAGUCUCAUCACAGAGAAGACGCAAGUCGGACGUGGCCGUGGGAAAAAGGACACGAAUAUGAUCUUCAAACAGCACUUGUUCUUCAUGCUUUACAGCGCAUGUGGACUUGUCAUUAAAGAGGCUGCAACGAAAAACAAAGUGAAAGGUAGCCAGGGCCAGGUCCCCAUCACUCAGAACGUGACGGUGGUGGAGGGGGGGACGGCCAACAUGACGUGCCGGGUGGAUUUCAAUGAUAACACCUCCCUCCAGUGGUCAAACCCAGCACAACAGACCCUCUUCUUUGGGGACAAGAAAGCCUUGAGGGACAACCGGAUUGAGUUGGUGCAUGCAUCGUGGAAGGAGCUUACCAUCAGUAUCCAUGAGGUGACCUUGUCUGACGAGGGCCAAUACACCUGUUCCCUCUUCACCAUGCCCGUCAAGACCUCCAAGGCGUACCUCACCGUGCUGGGCGUGCCGGAGAAGCCGGAGAUCACAGGAUUCACAAAGCCGGCCCUGGAGGGCGACCACGUCACCCUGACAUGCACGACGUCCGGGAGCAAGCCCGCCGCCGACAUCCGAUGGUUCAGAAACGAGAUGGAGAUCCCAGGCACAACGGAGGUCAAUGCCACAGGCAGGUCAUUCACUGUCCGGAGCACGCUGGAGUUGCAGGUGGACCGGAGCGAGGACGGCGUGGCCUACACCUGUAGCGUGGACCAUGUGGCGCUGCUCACCGCCCCCCAGCAAGUCACGGAGGUCCUGGAGGUCCAAUAUGCCCCUCGCGUGGAGAUCCUUAACUCGCUCAUAUUCCCUCAGGAAGGACAGUACUUUAAACUGGAGUGUGACUCUAGAGGCAACCCACUACCAGCACCAGUAUUAUGGACGAAAGAUGGCGGAGAACUGCCCGACGUGGAUCGCAUGAUUGUGGAAGGCAGGGAGCUCAUCAUCAUGUCACUGAACAAAACCGACAACGGCACAUACCGGUGUGAAGCCAGCAACUCCCUCGGAACAGACAUCGCAGAGUAUAAGCUGUUUGUGUACGCCAAAGACUUACCAGGUGCCACGACAGACCCCAACGCCCUCGCCCAGCACGGACCGGACCACGCGUUGAUCGGCGGCGUCGUGGCGGUGGUGGUCUUCAUCACGCUCUGCUUCAUCAUCGUCCUGGGCCGCUACCUGGCCCGGCAUAAAGGGACAUACUUAACCAAUGAGGCGAAGGGAGCCGAGGACGCGCCCGAUGCAGACACGGCCAUCAUCAAUGCCGAGGGAAACCACGCACAUGCAGAGGAAAAGAAAGAAUAUUUCCAGGAAGCGGCAAGAAAUGUGGUUCAUCUCAAGUCGGAAAACCUUGGCUUUGCCAAUAAUUACGCUUUAAGAGAAGAAUAUGUAAAAUGCAUUAAUGUUUUGAAUGUGAAUCACAUGUAAUGUUUAAUGUGUUUUUUCAUUAUUAUAAUUAUUAUAAUUAUUUAAAAUGUUACAUUGUGGCAUUGGAUGUAACUCAGAGUGUACAACUGAGUGUACGCGAGUACGGAGUGAGAAAAUGGACAUUUGUUGUACAUAAAUGGACACCAAAUAAUGCUUACAUGAAUAAAAAAAAAAAAUAGCAAAGGAAAAAAUGUCAAGCACAACUAAAUUAAUAAGUGUUACGUAGUGAAAUUAUACAUUUGAGAAUUCAUUUGAAAAUAUUUCAAAGUAUUUAAUUUCCACCGGUCAUUUCUGUCUGUAUAUUCCUGCACUGUUGAGUUUAUGCCUUUUGCCCUCUCUUAAAACUAUUUGAAUAUAAAAGCACAAAGUAGAAGAAAGUACACAUUGUGAGACAGUCUCAGGAUUCCAACUGAGUGAAGUUCUGUUCUUGUUUUUCUUUCUUUUUUUCAUAUUGCUGAACUUCCUGUUGAAGUGUACUUUUGACCAAUUAUAAAGAAUGAGAGAUCAAAAAUGUGAAAAAAAAAAACUUUUCAUGGGUCAUACCUUCCAACAUAUCAAGUGGAAAACAUUAACUGAGUGGAACAAUUGUUUUGUUUACGGUACUUCUGCCUCCCCCCUUGUUAAUACUGCUGUACAUUAUUUUGCUAAUGUGAUACAUGGUGAAAAAUAUUGUUCUGAUAUGGGGUCCCAUAUGUAUUAAGAUUUGUAUAUUAGACAAUAUAGCUAUUUAAAGUGUUCCAUACAUCUUUUGAAUUUCACAUCAACAAGGAGCAAGUGUUUCAACACAAGGCAUGUAAAUACUGUGUAACUAUUAAAUUCAGUCAAACAUAAUGUAGAUUGUUGCUUUGCUUAUCUUUUGUUUCCAUAGUUUACCGACAUACUGAUUAAAUUGGAAUAUGUUAUUAGAAUUACAGAGUAAGGAAAUAUGUGAACAAAUAAGUACUGAGGAAUUAUUACUAUUAUUAUUAU